AUGUCUGCCGCCAGUAGUCGAGUACGCCGUCUGGCGAAAGAGCUCAGCGACAUCCAGGCCGACCGUGAUAACUCGGGCGUUUAUGCGACGACCGUCAUGGACGACGAUGUGACGCACCUCAAGGGCACCUUUCCUGGCCCUCCCGACACACCCUACGCCGGCGGCACGUUCCAGGUCGACAUCCAGAUCCCUUCCAACUACCCCUUCAAGUCCCCGACAAUCAAAUUCGACACCAAGAUCUGGCACCCCAACGUCAGCAGCCAGACUGGCGCCAUCUGUCUCGACACCCUCGGCUCCGGUUGGUCUCCCGUCCAGACCAUCAAGACUGCCCUUCUCUCGCUCCGCAUGCUUCUCGAGUUCCCCAACCCCAAGGACCCGCAAGAUGCCGAGGUUGCCAAGAUGAUGCUCGACAACCCCGAAGGGUUCGCUAUCAAAGCCCACGAAUGGGCUGUGAAGCACGCCGGUGCCUCGCAGAACCCCGUCGAUCUGAGCAAGUGGAAGAACGAUGACAAGGCAGGCGGGGUGGCCAACGACGAUAAUAGGUGGUGGGGUAUCAGAUACAUGGGAUACAACAGAGACCUCGUUGACCGCUUUGUCAACAUGGGAUUCGACGUCGAGGCUGUCGUCGAUGCCUUUGGUUUUGUAGGCAUCGACCGGAACGGCGGUCAAGAUUACGAGCUUGAGGAAGCCUAUAUGGGAGACAUCACCGCUCGUCUCCUGGGCGAGCAAUAA